AUGGCAGACCAGGGAGACCUUGACUACGCUGGCGUAGUUCAAGUGUUUGACAAUUUUUUGACCGGGAACUAUCUCAGUGCAGCAGCCAUGGCGUUUCUUGCUUUUGACUGGAUAAUCGGUCUUCCUCGGGAAAUCCAGCUCUUUUGGGGAAAUGCAUCCGUCGGCGCAACCUCUCUCUACGCUGGAGCGAGAUAUCUGACGUUGUUUUGCAACUUAAUCUACACUUUGGAGGUCUUCGAGAUGUCAACCGAGCGGUCAGUGUGGGGCGAGCCCUAUCCCGUAUAUUCUCUGAUAGCAGAUCGUAUCUUCAGGUGUACGCGACUCGUCUGGACGAGCUUCGUUGUGGGAUUCUUAGCGAUUAUCCCGCUACUCGCUCUUGCCGUGCUCCGUGUAUAUGCACUUACGCAGCGCAGGCUACUUGCGGCGUUCAUUUUCUGGUUACUGUUCAUUCCCCUCGGAGCCUCUAUUGUCCCGUACACUUACAACGCCCAAGGCGUAGUUGAUUCUAUCUUCGGAUGCUUUGAAGCGGACUUUACACCAGUCGCACUGUUCCAAAAGUGGAUGUGGGUACCCCGAAUGACUCUGUUCGUUAUUCUCACCAGCAUGCCCCUUACUUACUCGUCCGCUCCCCGGAGGCGUAAGCUCAUAGAGACCCUCAAGGAUAACGGGAGGACGAUGGCUAGCAUCAUUCUCUACAAUGGAUUGAUCUACUUCGUAGCCCUUGUGGUCGUUGACACUCUACACCUCGUUCUUUCGGUGCUUUCUGUCGAGGACCUUGGUGGUGCUAGCGUCAUAAUCGAACUCCGCAAUCCGAUAGCAUCGGUCCUCGUCUCCCACUUCCUCCUCGACCUGCAGGAAGCGCACAAGCGGAGCGUCCUGCUCGACUCUCAUCAACUCGUAUCUAGUGGAUCUAGCGCCGCCGACAGUGGCACAAUUAGCUUCGCAAGGACAACAAGUCUUUUCUCUGCAACUAUCGAUCACAAUCUUCCUGGUAUCUACGACUCCCAAGGCAUUCUGGGUCCCGAGGACGAGGCUAUACUUGUCAUCGGCGGCCCGGAAGCUGAUGACGUCUACUGGCAUUCCGACAAGGUUUGA